GUCCCUGUGUUGUGGGCCCAGCAAGUUGUUCGUUAAUUAAUUAAUAAUUCGGCAAAGACAUGGCAGCAAGCGUUCAAGGAUUGAGAACAUUUGGUGAGAAACCGAAACCAUUCCAAAUAGAGGAAGAUGGCGAAGUGUUCUAUGUUGGUUCAGAGGUGGGAAAUUACCUACGAAUGUUUCGAGGCUCAUUGUACAAAAGGUAUCCAUCGUUGUGGAGGAGGCAGAUGAAUGUUGAGGAGAGGAAGAAGUUGUGUCAAUUACUUGGAUUUGGCCAGCACUCUUUGGCAUCGAACAUCACGUUGCUGAAGGCAUCAGAGGUUGAUGAGAUUUUUGAAGGGAAGGAUGAUAAGUACAAGGCUCUUUCUGUCUCGUCAGACAUCAAUCUUCCGAGAGAUGUGAAAUGUAAGAAGGGCAGUGGAUGGGUUGGCAACAUGCCAAGCAACUCUCACCACCUGGAUGCCAUUCCGUGCUCAACAAUGAUAAGCAAGAACAAGAAUGCUGCUGCUAAACUGAAAACCUACCCACUCUGUUACGAUGAUCUCGAUCCAUCCAUCAUUCACGAGAACUCCACACAACCUGAGGUUCUUGUUCCCAUAAGGUUGGAUAUCGAGUUUGAAGGUCAGAAGCUUAGGGAUUGUUUCACGUGGAACAAGAAUGAGCAGCUGAUAACGCCGGAACAGUUUGCAGAAGUCUUGUGUGACGAUUUGGAUUUGAACCCCAUUCACUUCAUACCAGCCAUCGCCCAAUCAAUCAGACAACAAAUUGAUUGCUAUCCAGUGGACAACAUUUUAGAGGACCAGAGUGAUCAACGAGUUAUCAUUAAACUGAACAUCCAUGUGGGCAACAUCUCCUUGGCAGACCAGUUUGAAUGGGACUUAUCCGAGAAAGAGAAUGUUCCAGAAGAAUUUGCUGCCAAGUUGUGUGCUGAGUUGGGAUUGGGAGGAGAGUUUGUGACAGCCAUAUCGUACAGCAUUCGAGGUCAGUUGAGUUGGCACCAGAGGACUUACGCAUUCAGUGAAGCCCCACUACCUGUGGUGGAAGUGGCCCUGAGGAACCCGUCAGAAGCUGAUCAGUGGUGUCCCUUCCUUGAGACGCUGACUGAUGCUGAGAUGGAGAAGAAGAUCAGAGACCAGGAUAGAAAUACAAGGAGGAUGAGAAGGUUGACCCAGGCAGCUCCUACCUGGUGACCAAGUUGAUGCCCAUGCCGACUACAUGCCUCCACGCUUCCCAGUACACGUUACUCAAUCACGUUGUCUCACCGUGUGUUGUCGCCAUGUAUGCAAUGCAUUCACUAACUAACUGACCGUUCAACUUUACAUGAGCAUUAUCAACUUUCACACAUCUGUCACACACACAAACAUACACACAUGCUAAAUAAUGUCAAACUCAUGACUAUUAUUACUCAGUCAUUUUUAAAUGUAUAUAUUUCUUUUAUCUUUUUCUCAUUGUUACCUAGUGUUCAAAGACUGAUUUUACAGAGAUUUCUAUUCAACCAAUUUUUUUAAAAAUAGCUGAUUAAAAUAAAGAUUAAAUGAUGAAAAUUUUGAAGAUUAAAUAAGGUUUUAUUGCUACGGUUCAAUGUAUAACCUCAAGCGUCACAGUAACACAAACAUGCGUACAAAAGACAGAUCGUUCACAUGUGAUAAGCAAGAAUUACAUAAUCCUAUAAAAAAAACGCUGUGUUGGUAACAAGCACGUGCAGACAGCCAGAUAAACACUCCAUCACUGGAUUCUUGUGCACAUCAUCUGGAUGCUGACCAAGUUGAACGUUUAACAAUUAGAUAAAUUUUGCUCUAUUCAGGUACAAUAAAAAAGUCUCAAUAAAAUGCUUUAUUAAUCAU